GAGAAAACUUGCAAGAAGCUGAUUAUGAUUUAUUGUUCACGAUGUUGGGGUGGACACUUGACAGGAAGCACUUCAGAUAUUGAAUCAACAAAUCAGAGACAUCUUCACAGAUGUUCCAACCAGAGCUGUUCAAUCAAACCGACUUCGGUCGAAUCGAGAUUGAAAACAUCGAAGGACUCAUAGCUGGAUUGAAGGACGAGCCAUCUUGGAGGGACCAAUCGGGUACAUCAGCCGUCUCAGAAUGGAUCCUUCUUGGCUGGAAUUAUAUCGUGGAUAAUGCCGAACGACUGGACCAGGACCUGGUUGACUCGAAGACCACUAUCAGUCACUUUACUAGCUUUGCAACCGCUUGGGCUCGCUUGACUAGAGACCUGGCCGCUGGACUCGAAAAAUUUCAAAAUGCUCUCCGGCCAACGAUCAGCCAGAUUAUCAAGAUCUUAUGGGUCACCUCUGCAGUCGCAAGACUCGAUCACCCAAACUUCAAACCAUUCAAUCAAUUCAGUGUCCAAGCUCUAUCGAAUUUGAAUACAUUAAACCCACUAUCAAUUGCACAUACUUGGCCUUUACUAAUUCUAUGCGAGGAUCGACAAUCAAUUCUACUGAGGCUUCUACAUACCAAAAAUAAUAGAUUGUUGUUGAUCAUUGGGGUCUUGAUCCUCAACUGUGUUCAUCACAAUCCCGAAAGAAUUGAGUCCCUUAUCAACUCUGACGUGGGUCAGAAAGCGAUGACCAUGAUGCUCGAACGAUUGGAUGGAUUAUUGGACGACGAGACGGAGGUAGUAUUUGAAGUAAUCGUCAAGCUUGUCCGAGAAAUUGUCGAUCUUGAACCGGUCACUCAGGUGCCCAAGCUAUACCAUUCUCAAGCCACGCCAUCACAAGUACUCUCACCAGGCCAAUUAUCGAUCUUGAAAGUCCUCGAAAGCUCUACGGUGUUACCCUCUGCCUCCUUCCUUCUCGAGCAGUUCAAGCAGUUCUCUACUCAUCUCGAUGAAGCUUGGCAAGGCUUUGUCUUGGUCAUCGAAAUCCUUGUCAAACGGAUCGAAGAAUCCAUCGCUACUUCCUCAGCUACGGGUUUGCCGGUUGAGCUGAUCAUGAGCGAUGCGGAGAUCUUGUCGGUCGUCGAAAUAUCUAUCCGUAUUUUGAAAGAAUUCACAGAAAAACGAAGUGAAUUGAGAGCUUCUAAAGAUGAUCAACAAGGAUCAGACAAGAAACGAUCAGUUAAUCAAAUCUUGAUUGGCUUGAUCAAACUUUUAACCAACUUGAUCGCCUUGAAAAAUGAGGAUGAUCCGAAACAAGAAACUCCCGGUUCUGCUUUCAUUCAAGAUGCCGUCAGAAAUCUCGACGGUUUUCCCAUUAUCCUUAACUUUACUCUAUUCGACGUUGACUUCCCUUAUCUCAGAGAACAUUCGAUCGUAUUAAUCAAAUUUUUGUUAAAAAAUAAUCCUAAAAAUCAAGAGCUCAUCAAAAACUUACAGCCAAUUUUACCCUCAUAAUAAAUUCACAUCAACACCUGAGCGCAUUGUAUCUGUGGACAAUCACGCCAGACUAGGCAAAAGAAGGAUCCACAUGAUUAGUCUCAUGAUUCGACUCAGAGACCAAUUAUAGUGUGUUCUGCCCCAAUGUUGUCUUAGUAUUGUUCAAUAGAUUACAUAGCUGCUGCAGUUGAAGAUGGGGAGUUGAAGAGUUGCUUGAUUGCUGCUGCUAAAUGAACUCCAGUGCAAGAGGUAAAUCGGGGAUUGACACUCUACAUCCCCGUGUUGUUACCCAUUGUACAAAGUCCCAUGUCCGCUGGAGCCACUGCGGUCCCUG